CAAGAUGGGAGACCAGAGGCAACGUUCACUGUCUACCUCCGGAGAAACGCUGUACCAUGUGCUAGGGCUGGACAAGAACGCCACCUCAGAUGACAUUAAAAAGUCAUACAGGAAACUUGCGUUAAAAUACCACCCCGACAAAAAUCCAGAUAACCCAGAGGCUUCCGAGAAGUUUAAAGAGAUCAACAACGCGCAUGCGAUAUUGACGGAUUCUACGAAACGAAAUAUCUACGACAAGUACGGUUCCCUGGGUCUGUACGUAGCAGAGCAGUUUGGAGAGGAGAACGUGAACACGUACUUCGUGCUAUCCAGCUGGUGGGCAAAGGCACUGUUCGUAUUCUGUGGGCUCAUCACAGGCUGCUACUGCUGCUGCUGCCUCUGCUGUUGCUGUAACUGCUGCUGUGGAAAGUGUAAACCGAAACCCCCCGAAGGUGAAGAACAGGAAUAUUACGUCUCCCCUGAAGACUUGGAGGCACAGCUACAGUCGGAUGAAAGGGAGGCCGCCGACACGCCUAUCGUGAUACAGCCAGCGUCUGCGACAGAGACGACCCAGCUCACAGCGGACUCCCACCCCAAGUACCACACCGACGGGUUUAACUAAACGAAAGGAAGCACUGUUAACUUUAAAAAAAAGAAAAGAAAGAAAGAUAAAACAUAAAUAAUAUGGCCAACCCAGCACUUAGAAUCAUGGACAUUAGAAAUAGAGUACAGGGAGGGGAAAAGGUUCUGCCACAAUAAAGAAGGCAGCCUCCAAACCUGCCGAGAAUAUUUUGUAAUCCCUUCUUCGCCUUUUGUCACCUUUGGUGUCGUAUCUCGAUGAUACAUGGAAGUACUGUAGCAUGCAGUAUUUAAAAGCAGUUUAGCAUUUGGUCUUAUUUCGUUCUCCUUCUCUCCUUCCUCCUCCUCCUCCUCCUCCUCCUUCUACUUCUUUUUUUUUAAAAAAAAUAGCAUGCGUGGAGUUUACGUUAUAAAUGUCUUUGUGUUGUAAUGUAUCGAGGAGUUAUCACGGCGAGUGUGACGGAGACAUUUCUGCAUUCUAAGCAGUGGCACCAGCCCAAAAUGAGUCUAAA